GUAUAUACAUUCGGAGUCUCGCAUUGGGGCAUUGGGCCACGAUAACUACAUUUAUUUAUUAUUUGAUUUGGUGAUUUGGUAAAGUGUACAACAGACAGCAGAAAGAGCUAAAAGGAAACCUACAAUUGAACUAUGAAGAAAAUGAGACAUUUACCCCCAAUACCCGAAAAGACCAACAAAUUAAGUAGCUACUGAGUCAACUACCUUCCGAAUGGGUUGAUGUGGAUACAAUCAGCUCACGUCGAUACAACAUAAAUCAAACAAUUAAUCAACACGUCAGAUAUAAACAAGACACUGAAGUCAAAAGAAAUUAAACGGAUUAAUACCCACUACACAUUAUAAUGAAUUUUUAAGGAGUUCCUUCACCCUCCCAUUAUUAGUUUCUGAAUUGAUUUGAAGAAUAUUUUAAAGGAAUCCUCGAAAAAUGUCUGCGCCUACAGUUUUUAUCACUGUGCCCAAGUAUGUGGCUAUAACACCCAUACCAGCCACUGGGGCAGUACUGCAUAAAAUUAAACCCGCUCCUCCUCAAAACAAUGUGCCGAUUAUGAAUGCAGCUCUAUCAACUUGCACGGCUAGCAGUGAUUCGGACAGCAAUGCCAGUGUAACUCUUCCUGCAAAGGGCAAAAAGAGGCGUCUGGAUCACUUGUCGUGGGAGGAGAAAAUACAAAGAAAAAAAUUAAAGAAUCGCGUUGCUGCUCAAACUUCACGCGAUCGUAAAAAGGCCCGCAUGGAAGAAAUGGAAAGCGAAAUCAAAGAUUUAACUGCUCGCACUGAAAUUCUGGUUAACAAAUGUGAAAGCUUGCAGGUCAUCAAUGAUUCUCUUUUGGAGAAGAAUCAAAAACUUGAUAUGGAAGUCGAAAUACUUAGACAACAAUUGCAAGAACUGCAAAACCAACGGCAGCAACAGCAACAACAGCAGCCAAUGCAUAGCACUUGUGCCGGCUGUGAGUCCUUACUCAACGGAUCUGCAGUAUCCAAUCUUACUGACCCUCUGCCGCAGGGCUCAAAACCCAAGGACUCUCAGUCGACACAAGAGUUAAACGUGUUGAAGCUGAGGCAAGAGUUGAAAAAGAGCACGACCGUGUCGUCCCUAUGGCGAGUAAUAGCUCUUUGCCUUCUUUACAAGAUAUGCUGUUACCCGACAUCGAAAUCGAUGGGAGCGCUCAAUGAUGCAGAAUUUGAUGCCGGCAAGCUGGAAGAACUUGCCGAAAGCCUCCUUGCCGAUAUCACAGCAGAGCUGGAAGCUGGCGAUCGAGCGAGCAAUGAAACUUCUGCCGAAAUUGCAGGCGGAACAGAGCGAUUGUUUGGAUCAGUGGUGGGGCCCACAGCAGAGUGCUUGGAAUCCAGCCAACAUACAAGCGAAAAUGGCAGUAGCCUAAUAAACAUAACGACGCCUGCAAACAAACAAAUAAACACCGAAACACAUGAACAACUCAAUGCUCUGCCAAUGCCUGAGCUAAAAUUAGAGAAUAGAUUAGAAAAGGAAACCUGUAAAAGUAACAAAAAUAAUGUCACAAUUAUGGAUAUUUCAAAAUCUCCUAUUGCUGCAUUAACAGCCUUAGAUUCUAAAGACACUAGCAUAGAAUUGGUAACAACUACAACAACUGAAAUAACACCAGACACUGUUUAUGGCACCUACGAUGCUAAAACAAAUUCCAUAACUGUGGUUAUGGAUGAUGUAGCUGUACCUGUCAACGAAGUUGUGGAAGAAAUCUACUGGGACGGCGAACGUGCUUCAUCAGCAGACGAUAUGAUAUUUUCAUCAUCAUCAUCGCCUUCGGGUAUUGCAUCACCCUCUCAAGUGUUUCUCAAUGUAACCACCUGCAGCGAUAACGAACAAACAUUAGAGGGCGACUAUGAUGAUGAUGAUGAUGAUGACGAUUUUAAAUUUGAUCCCAUUGCCAAAUUUUUGUGUCCCAAGAGACCUUUGGUGUCACCUUUGGCUAAAUCACCUGCACCUUCGUUCCAUUCCGCCACUUCCGAUCACGGUUAUGAGUCCAUACUGGGUUCUCCACCUUCGCACUUUGAACCCUUGUGCGAUGACCUAACAAAUGGUUUUAAUGAUUGGCCACCAGAUUUCAAUGAAUUAUUUCCCACUUUAAUUUAGAACCACGUUACAUGUACUCUAUAGCAUCGUAUGUCUCAUUAACCUAGUUUAAGAUCUAAGAUUGAAUCACCACAACAAAGCUAUUAACUGGCUUUAAUUUAUUGUUCUAAACAAUAGAUAGUUUUGUUGUUUGCUUGUAAACAUUGUAGAAUUUAUAAAUUACUACUAAGCUGCAGUUUAGUGUUUAAGGCUGUUAAUGUUAGUUCAAUAGCUGUAAAAAGUUGGAGCAUAUUUUUUUAAGAUUAGCGUUCGUUUAUAAGAAUCUAAAAUUAUGGUUAUUUAUUCAAACAUUAUAUAAGUUUCCUAUUUCUAAUGUAUUUUUUAAUGUUUUGUAUAUGUUAGGAUUUAGUUUGAGCUCACUUCGAUAGGCUUAAACCCACAUACAUGUGGCCAUCGUUUAAAUUUCAUAUAUACUAUGAAAUAUAAACUGUGACCCUAUGUGUGAAGAAAACUCAUUGUAAAGAGCCUAGAUGAAUAUUAGCGUAUAAGAAUAAUCAAUGUUUGCCCAAGUGUUUGUUUGAAAAAAAAAGAAUAUAACAUCAUAAUUUUUUUCUAAA